CGCGAGUGCCUGGCGGGCUCCGGCUUCCGCGUCUGCCCGGCCCCGGCCCCGGCCUCAGCCCCGGCCCCGGCCCCGCGCCCGGCUCUGCCGCGGCCCGCCGAACCCGCGGGCAGCCGAGCCGCCAGCGACGCCCGCCCAGCUCCGGGUGCCCGCGCGGGGGGCCAUGCCGUGCCGGAGGGAGGAGGAAGAGGAAGCCGGCGAGGAAGCGGAGGGGGAGGAAGAGGAGGAGGACAGCUUCCUCCUGCUGGAGCAGUCGGUGACGCUGGGCAGCUCCGGCGAGGUGGACCGGCUGGUGGCCCAGAUCGGCGAGACGUUGCAGCUGGACUCGGCGCAGGACAACCCGGCCUCCCCGUGCGCGCCCCCGGGGGCACCGCUGCGGCCCCCGCAGCCCCCGGCGACAGUGCCGGUAGACAAGGCCCAGGCCCCGGCGGUGCCUUUGCUGCUGCCGCCCGCGUCUGCCGAGGCUGUGGGCCCGGCACCCCCAGGGGCUCUACGCUGCGCUCUUGGGGACCGCGGGCGCGUGCGGGGCCGGGCUGCGCCCUACUGCGUGGCCGAGCUCGCCGCAGGCCCCACCGCACUGUCCCCACUGCCCCUUCAGCCCGGCUAUGAUGGGCCUCCGGGAGCUGGCAAGCGGGGCGUCUCACAGCCGCUGUCAGGUCCGUGCCGGCGAGGAUGGCUCCGGGGCGCUGCCGCGUCCCGCCGCCUGCAGCAGCGACGCGGGUCCCAACCCGAAACCCACACAAGCGACGACGACCCGCACCGGCUCCUGCAGCAGCUCGUGCUCUCAGGAAACCUCAUCAAGGAGGCCGUGCGGAGGCUUCAUUCGCGACGGCUGCAGUUACAUGCAAAACUUCCCCAACGCCCGUUCCUGGGGCCUCUCUCGGCCCCAGUGCAUGAACCCCCUUCGCCCCACAGCCCUCGCGCGGCCUGCAGUGACCCUGGCGCGUCCGAGAGGGCGCAGCUCAGAACUGGCGACGCCGUUCUUGUCCCUGGCAGCUAACACGCCGGGGGUGACCACAGCGCCAGCCUCUGACUGGAGGGCAAGGGGUUCCCCGGAGGGCUCCGAUCCUGCUCAGGCUGGUGGAGAACUCUUUUCUUUUGGAAGCGGGAGAAAUACGCUAAUGAAGACGAGGAACUGAAAAAUCGAGAAUGUUUUCGCGGGGAACUGAGGUCGAGGGCCCCAAUCUAUUUGAAAUACAGGAUUUGACUGGCCCUAUUUAAGGCAGAAUUUGCAGAGCGCACCCCAGCCUCACAGUCAGUAGGACUCCUUAUUUGGCGUGACCCGACCUGGCCGCAGAGCGUGCAGUUCCGCGCAGCUUCUCAGGGCCCUCGGACCACAGGGGCCGGCGACCAUGUGGCCACAGUCCACUCUUCUCAGAAUCACCGUGCGCCGUAACCACGGAGGGCGAUCGCAGUUACUUUACCUUUUCAGGGCCGGUUCCUGAUCCACUUUGGGGGAGGGGAACAUGAGUAGAUGAUAAUUUCAGGGAGUACCCCAAUCUGCCAGACUUGAAAAUUCAUGACACUUUUUAAAAGCCCAUCUUGUGUCGUUUGGGGUGCUGGUUCUUAAUAUAAAACAUGCGGUACCAUGAAAGGACCCUCUUCGGGUUGAAUAGGAGUAACCUCUGCCCUCUCUUUGCAACUGUCUGUGUUUUUCAGAGUGGCGGGGGAAGGCUGCACGCCAAGGGUGGGAUAGGAGGUGGGGGCGGGGUGUUGAAUGGUGGAAGGGUAGAAUGAGGCGCGGAGUGAACCCUAUGUGCUCUCAAGUGUAUUUUCACAGCCGGUUCGUUCCUCCUCGGGUUCAAGGUCACUGUUUCCUGGGCGCGCACAGGGUUUCAGGGCUGAAGCAGAGCAGAGUAGCUGGGUUCUUCCUGUACUCGGAGAAGAGCGCGGUGUUUUGCCAAGUCCUGGAGUCUCCUGAGGACAUGCGCGCGCCGCUACCACCAAGGGUGUGGGGAGACAGGGACGUGCUGAGCUGCCUGCGGGCGACCACUGUCCCUGGCCACGCUCCCAGCUUUCACGGAAACUGUCCUGAGACACGGCCCUAGGUCCCUCGUCUACCCCCUCGGCUCUUCUGUCCUCAAGUGGGUGGCCCUGGCGAUCCUGGGUGCCUGGGCUGGGGGCUAGGCAGACCCCACGUGACGGACACUCUGGGGACACACAGCCUUGCAUAGCAGCUUAUAAUGGGCUCUCCGGAGCCAUUUGCAAUAACAGCUGCAAUUCCCUGGAUAGAGGGAGUUGAUUUCCUCCCUUUGCCCCUCCCCCAGCCAUGCCUGCUCGCCUUUGUAAGUGAAGGAAACCGACUAGAAAAUGUGACCCUCCAAAUGAAAAAGCUGCAGGCUUUGCCAUUGUGAACCGUGGUGAAGUGCUUGAAACAUACUGUUCACUCACUCUAAGGCACUAAGACCAUUCUGUUGUUUUAGUUUUAUAGUCAGUGGCUUGUUCAUCAUCCAGAUGUGGCUAUUGACAUAUCUACACUUCGCACCGGAGUGUGUGGAAUUAUGGCUAUCCUGAUUAUAGGAUUUUAACUUAACUGAAAUUCCUGUUUUGAAUAAAUGUGUUGUGUUUUU